AAAUUACCUUUACAACCCUGCCUAUUUGUGGAGGGGAUCAUUGGACAUGUGCCUUGCACGCAAAUGAAAAUGUAAAUAUUGUAAAUAUUUGUGUUGUGAAUUUUAAUAAUGUCAAGCAUUGAGUUUUUACCUCUUUUAGAGGGUACAAAAUUUAUAAUAAUAGAUGAAGGUUUGGAUGCACCUUUUGCUGAAACGUUAAUUACAGGGUGGUUAAAAAUGUUUGAGAAGCGAAGAUGUGAUUGUGAAAUUGACGUAAUUUCAUUUGCAAAUCCAAAGUACCUUUAUGUUAAUCAUUUUAAUUUAUUAACAUUGAAUAACAUAAAUGUGACUGAUUUUUAUUCUAUAAAUUCAAAUAAAACAAAUUCUUUUAUAGAAAGAAUGGAAUAUUAUCUUCAAACUGCUGGACAUGAUACAGUUAUUAUAAACUGUCUGAGUACUCUCAGUUUAUCUGUUGGUUUUGAAAAAGCAAUAUGGUUUAUUGAGAAAGUCAAAGAAAACUCAAAACAAUUAAUUUGUAUAUAUCGAAGAGAUUUUGGAAAACUUAAUUUACCAAAUGUAGAAACUAUGGGAACAACUUAUGUGAAAUUAGAAGGACACUUAAAAAGUACACAGAUUAAUAAUUAUGUUUAUGAGGGAUAUUUUACUCAUAAAAAACUUGGAGGAAGUAUUUUACAUCAAACUGAAAUAGUGACCCAAGAUGUUAAAACAUAUGAAAUUAUAUCAACAGAGAUUUUAAAAGAUUCAAUUAAGAAAAUAAAAAAACCUAUUCAAGAAUCGACGAAAGAAAUUAAAGCAUCUUUUCGAAUAGAAACAAAUGACCAGGAAAUGACGCAAAAAAGAGAUACUCCUUUACCUUAUAUAGAAGCUAAAAAUCAAAAUAACCAAACAGCUAUUUUUUAUGAACCUGAGGAUUUAUAUGAUGGCGAGGAUGAGGAUCUUGAUGAUGAUUUAGGAAUUUAAAAGUAUGUAAGAACCGAAUCAUCAUGUUUUAAAUUUGUUACAUUUUUCUAUAAAAUGACACUCAACAAACUUUAUCUUAUAUUAUAUUUUAAAUAAAAAAAUUAUUCAAAUUGUAUUCACUUUCUUAGAAUUUGAAAAACUAAAUACAUAUAUAUAUAUAUACAUUAUACUAAACUAAUAUUUUAAAUUGUGAUUAAAGUUAAAUUUUUAUUAAUGACCUUGUCAAGUGUUAAACACAGAUACCAGUCUGUAUAUUUUUUUUGUGCUUCAAACAGUAUCGAUAAAAUUGUUCAACUUUCAUUUCAAUACAAGAAGUUGACAAUUUUUAUACACGAUGAUGAGAUAAGAAAUGUCUCGAAAUGUUUAAUACAAAAAAUAUCCGACA